AUGAAUGCAAAGGUUCCUCCAACCCUGGGACUCCAGGGUCAGGCAGUAGCCCCACAAGGCGAGGGAAUGGAAGGUUGGAGAUGGCGAGGUGUGCGCCUCACUCACAUCUCCAAAGCACCUUGCCCAGAGCUUGGGUUACCUACUUGCCUCUCUUAUAACCAGAGGGACGUGUGCUUCCCUAUCCUUCCCCUGUCAAUGGCCGGGGAAAGCCCUCUCUGUGGCCCUCCUUUCUGCGGGCGGGAGCCACAGGAGGACCCUGGGUUCAUCCUGGGCAUUCUCCUCUCAGCCCCGCUGAUCCCCGAGUACGACUUGGCUCCAGACAAGGCUACGGUUUCAGAAGGCCAAUGA